CGGCCCGGCCCGCGCGGCUCCCGCAGGGGCACCCCCCGCGCGCGCGCGCCCGGCGGCAGCGGCGGCCCUGCCUCCCGCGGUUCCAGCCACAAUCCCUCUGUUGGGAGUCUGAACUAUGACAUCAUGGCAAGAUUUCGCAGAAGAACAUGCAUCAUUUUGUUGCUUUUUAUUUUGUUUAUUUGCUCCAUAAUGAUGGCUUUGAAGACUCUGAGACCUGACAGAGCUGGCUUUGGGGAUCCAUUUGGACUUGGUUUGUUGCCAGAGCUUCAACAACGGACAGUGCUCUUGGACAGUAAACAGAACUUGCUGAAUAGGGCUCAAGGAGAUACUGUAACACGUGUCAGUAAUUUGCAUGGUAUUGCUGUCAAUACUAUGAAAGCAUCCAUGUCUUCAGUAAAAAAGCUGGAAGAGGAGCUUUCUCCUCCUAAUUACAACUUUCACAUAUUCUACUAUACUUGGUAUGGGAAUCCACAGUUUGAUGGUAAAUACAUUCACUGGAAUCAUCCGUUAUUGCCACAUUGGGAUCCCAAAAUUGCAAACAAUUAUCCAAAGGGAAGGCAUAAUCCUCCUGAGGACAUUGGGGCCAACUUUUAUCCAGAACUUGGAUCUUACAGUUCCAAAGACCCUACUGUCAUAGAAGCCCACAUGAAGCAAAUGCGUGCAGCUUCAACUGGUGUAAUAGUGCUUUCAUGGUACCCACCAGGUAUGGCUGAUGAAAAUGGAGAGCCAACUGAUGAUUUGGUGCCAGUUGUUUUGGACUAUGCACACAAAUAUAACCUAAAGGUCACUUUUCAUAUCGAACCUUACAAAGACAGAGAUGACCGCAGCAUGUACCACAAUGUCAAGUACAUCAUUGACAAAUACGGAAGCCAUCCAGCCUUUUACAGACAUAAAACCAGCACAGGCAGACUUCUUCCUAUGUUUUAUGUUUAUGACUCUUAUGUAACAAUUCCUGAAAUAUGGGCAAAUCUCUUAACUGUGUCUGGAUCCCAGAGUAUUCGAAAUACUCCCUAUGAUGCAUUAUUCAUUGCACUUCUUGUAGAAGAAAGACAUAAGCAUGACAUCCACAGAAGUGGUUUUGAUGGAAUGUACACGUACUUUGCCACCAAUGGCUUCUCCUACGGUUCAUCUCAUCAUAACUGGGCAAGUUUAAAAGCCUUUUGUGAUAGUAACAACUUAAUGUUUAUUCCAAGUGUGGGGCCAGGCUAUAUUGAUACCAGCAUCCGGCCCUGGAACAACCACAACACGCGGAACCGCGUCAAUGGGAAGUACUACGAGACUGCCUUCAGCGCCGCCCUUCUGGUGCGGCCCGAAAUCAUUUCCAUUACAUCUUUUAAUGAAUGGCACGAGGGAACUCAGAUUGAAAAAGCCAUCCCUAAGCGGACUGGACAGGUGGUUUACCUUGAUUAUAAACCCCAUAAACCAAAUGUUUACCUUGAGCUUACUCAGAAGUGGUCUGAGAAGUACAGAAAAGAACAAGAACAGUGGCUUAUGUGAGUUGUCCCAGCUGCGGUUGUUUCCUGAUGCAUUGGCUGAAUUGAGAAACAAAUUGAGAGCUGAAGAAUCUGUUAUUAAAUGUCUUUAUUGUAUUUUUUGAAUGUAUAUGCACUACUACUGAAUUUUAAUUUUGAAAAGUUAAAAGAUUAUGAGAAUAUUGGCAGUUCUGUCUUACUGGAUAUUUUAGUUCAGAAAUAUUCAGGGAAAGCUGUUUGUUGUUCAUUUGUGGGUUUUUUUUAACUUAGUAACUUGCAUGCUGAGUUUUCAGAACAUCUGCAUGGGAUAACGCUACAUGACCAAAGUAUAACAGAAAACUGGCACAGUUUCUUCCUUCCUUUAUUCCUGUAGUUGUGUUUCUAAUCAAACUGAUGCUGUAAUCUAAAUCCUUAUAGCUUCUUGCAGGAUGCAUGUCUGUAGUGUGUGGAAUAAUCUACAUUUACACUUUUUGAUGCUUUGCAUAUGGAGUUCUUGACAUAUGACUAGCUUGUGGUAAAAACGCUGAAGAGUUAUGUGUGAUGCAACACUACUGGGUUUUGUUUGGAAAAAAAAAGUAUUUGAAAGAAAGUUCCAAAGAACUGUGAAAGAUUUCUAGUUUACUUACAUUUUUUCUGUUUGGUACGUGGUGUAGACUUUUGCAGAUUAAUGGAUACUGAUGGGGAACAUUUUUUUUUUCUCUUACUUUGAAUUAAAAAAAAAAAGCUUCAAUUCGAGUGUAAAAUAUUUUUGAAAUAUUUUUGAGGGGAGAAAAAACCCUAAAGGUACAAAAACAUUAAAAUUUCCAUUGUUGCUUAUUUUCUGCGUAUUGACUGCAUACACAGACCCAAUAUGCUUUUUUAAAUGUCUAAUUUCUAAACCCAGUAUCUUACUCCUACAAUAACUUAAUUUUUGGAAAUACUUUUUUUGUUGCUGAUUUAGGAGCAACCCAGUUUGGUAGCAAUGAGAGCAACUACCUAUUCGUUUAAUUUAUUUGAAAUCCGAGAUUUCUCUUUUUCAUCUAGUCAAUUUAGUUGUUCCAGGAUUCAAAAUUGUAAAUACUAAAAUCUUGCUGUUAUUCACAUAAGCACUCUACCAAUGCUACCUGUAAGACUGUGGUGUGGCUGGAAAUGAGUAUUUCCAUUCCUGGGAAUCUCAUCUUUAAAUGUUGUGAUUAUUAAUUGGCAUUUUUUAUGAGGUUUGAAAGGUUCAAUCACACAGACAUACCUCCUCAGCAAUACAUUUUUUGGGAUUUUCAUAGAAUUUCAUAACAAAGCUGUAAACUUCUGAAUAGUAGAAAUUGCAGUGUUUUGUUCAUUUGCAGCAAAUGUUUAAUCCUAGCCAAGUGAAUUCUUUCUUAGUUAUUUUAAUUUUUUUAAUCGGCGUGUGAGGUUCUGAUCCUGUGUUUUAGUUCAUGUGCUCAGACUGUUGUGACCACUAUAACAGCUAGAAUUCCAUUGAUGUCAGCAGAACUCAUGAAAAUUACACUCUUUACUCAGACCUCACUGUAAUCUGUCUGUUAAGUUAAGUGGUAAGGUGAAUGUGAGGACUUCUGUUAAAACAGAAACCAAACUAGUAUUUUUUUUUCCAGAAAACUUUUUCAUUCCAAAUAAAUGUAAGCCUGUUACCAUUAUAAAUUUCUAGAGUCUUCUGGUAUGAAAAAGGUUUGUUUAUUUAUUUUUUUUUGUGUCAUUUCUUUGUGCUUGUUCAAGUGAUGAGGUGUCAUCUAAUGCCCUCAGUUGCUUGAAAAAAUAUAGAAAUUGGAUGGCAGAUAUAUAACCUGGCAUGUUGAAAUGUGCCUCUAGAGUUACUGGAGUCUUAUUAACCUGUCUUCAUAUUUUCUUUUGCAAUUUCCUAUUGCAUUUCUGCACAGUCUGAAAUGCCUCUGAAAGAAGUGUUUACUAAUGCUUAUCUUGUUUUGCUAUACUCAGGUGGGUAAAUGGACAUAGGUAUGACCACAGUCAAAAAAUAGUGUCUGAGACGUAAAAAGCACUUGUUAGACUUUUACCACUUCCAAGGUAACUACUUCCUUUUUUAUUUUACUUAUUUUUGAUAUUACUUAUUUUACUAUAAACCCCUUAAAUAGCUAUACAUAGCUCAUUUUUAUAAUUUGUGGUAUGUUUAUGCUUUUGCAGCCCAUUGUCCUUAUAUUUAUUUUGAAUGUGAGGGAACAAUAAAAUGUUUGCAUAUGUUAUUAAAAAAUCUUCUGAAAUCAAACCUUUUGAAAGGGCAAGUAUCUUUGUUUUCCCUUAGCUUAAGCUUUUGUCAUCCACUGGUCUUUUCUCACUGUAGUUUUCUGAGCACUUUACUGGUCUUGACAACUUUGCACUCACCUUUCAGCCCUUACUUUUUCCUAGUGGCAGUUUAUUUUCUCUGUGACUGUGAAAGUCACUCCUUUGUUGCUGUGUAUAGAAAUAUUUGAAAUCUGUUGUAUGGUAUUGUACCACUGAGGUGAUCUAUCUUGUUUAAAAUGCAGUUUAUGGUAACAGUGUAAUGGAUCUCCAUUACUCUGAAAGACUUCUGGGAUUGUUGUAAAGGUAUCAUUUAACCAUUGCCAUGAAGUGGUUUGGGCCAUGGCACACUGAUGUGUAAUGGGACCUUCAGAAGAAUUUACAGAAUUUCUCUAGUAAAGAAUGAAAAUUAAGUGCCUAGAAAUUCAUCACCCCUGAACACUUACUGUAUUUUUAUGUGCUUGAUGUGAUUUAAAACAUAAAUAUGCAACCUCACAUAAUAUUUCAGAGUUGAGAAUUUAAUUUGAUGGUCCUAAGAAAAGCUGAUGGAAUUGCAGCUACUAGAGCUACCCCACCUGCCUGACAAAUACUCCCUCUGUACUUAAAGCAAAUCUGUGUGCUGCUUCUUGUCAUAGGGAGCGGAGAGUUUUGCUCAUGGACUGUUGCUGCAGUCACGAUACUUGAAAUUUAAGUAAAAAUAGAUGUGUGGGGAAAGGAUUUGUACAAAUGCAAAGGAACAAGAUGGUUACAAGGGCACAGUUAAAAGGGGCACAGGAGCAGAAAAAUGAAUGUAUUUAAGAAGGUGGUUACUCCAAGCUUUAAGAUUACAGUAGGGAAAAAAGGGAAUCCAGUGUGCAACCAAAAUUGAAAGGCAGGGAUGAACAUUUGUAAUGAUUUGGAGAUUUGAAAUAGAUUUAAGGAAUAUCUAGAUCCCAUUUAACUCUGGUGUCCCACUAGUUUUACAUCUUGGCCAGCUGGAAAAAAAUCUUGUAAUGAUUGUUUUAAUAUUUUUACACUGGUUAAAUGCAUUUGAUUCAUUAUUUCAUAGUACUUGAAGUGAUAUGGGAAGUUUUAAAGGAGAUUGUGCCAUGUUAUGCCUCUGCAAAUGCAGAAAUACCUGAAGUAAUCAAUCACGUACUACUGACUGAGUAUCACCAGGGGGUAAAUGGUUUCUAGUCAAGGAGCAAGUCCUUGUGGUAAAAAGAGAACAUAUUUUUAAAAGAAAAUCUCUAGGUUCAUUUCUGCUUCUGUGAAUUAUGAUCAAGUAAAUUGUUGUAGUUCUGUGAGCUGUCUCAGAACUGAAGCUUAGUGCAUCAACUCUGAAAUAAGAAUGUGUAUUAAAUCUUGUAUAGUAGUGCAUGUCUGUCAGAUCUAUAAUCUUGUACUGAACUUUGUGGGCAAACAUGUGCUGAUGCUGUUAUGGUUUUAGUGGCAAGCUGUAGAUUAUUGUGAAUAUAGUUUUGCACUGAUGUUCAUCAUAUUUGUCUAGUGCAUUUCUUUUGAGGUGCCAAUGAUUUAUCUCUUAAGAAGUUGUUGAAGCAGAAGGUUCUUCAGUGAAAACAUUUUUGUUAUGAAAUUUGAUAUGUAUAUUCUCUGCAUAGUUUGAAUUAAGACAUUUCACACAUGGUUCUUAGAUUCAGUUGAAAAUAUCUCUCAGGAGUGUUUUCAGCUCUCUGGGCACAUGGAUGAGGACUUACUCUGAUUUAGGGCUCUUUUUUUUCUGAAUCUCAUGAACAUAAAAAGAAAUAAAGAAUUUAUAAACAAAUUAUUUGCCACUGAAUAUAAGAUGAAAAUCUCCCUCCCAGUCCUUCAAGUACUUGUCUUCAUCUUUCUGUGUCAUUAAGAUUGUGUCAAUAUUUUGUUUCUUUUUAUCUUUUACUUUUGACCAGCAUGCUAAAUGUUCUAUAAAUUUCUAAAGUGACUGUAUUUCUAAGAUUUCAUAGUUAGAAUAUUCCAUAAAGAGAAUCUACAAGAUUAGUAGCAUGGCAGAAAAGCCUGAUAAGAAUUUCAUAUUGUAUAGGUGAAUUUGUUGUGAAUGGAUAGUGUGUCUUUAUAUGAAUUGAACACAAAUAAAAAAUACCUUUCUUUUAAUACCCUACAUGGCUGUGAAAGAUAUGAAUUUGCUUACAUAAAAAUAAAAAAGGUUUAUGUGUCUGUUUCAAUAUGUGCAUAUACCUGAAGUCAUGAUUUUUAAAAUAUAAUGUCACUGUAAUAAAAUUACAGACUGGAUUCUGCUACUUCUAAGUAAGCAAUGGUUUUAAUUCCCAGUGAUAUUUACAGAAGACCUUUUUGCUUAUGAAUGUUUUCAUGAAAAAUAAAUAUAUGCCCAAAGUUGUGAUUUUUAAAGGAAUGUGUGAUAGUGGGGUUUUUUCAUAGUGUGCGUUUUGAAAGUUAAUUUUUAUUUUUCUAUUGCUAUGUGCGUGUGCUAGCUCUCCAAAGAACCAAGAUAGUGGUAGGUGGUUUCAGUGAGCACUGUGUGUCUGACAACUGGAUCCUGUCUUCAGAGUUGCUUUUGUAACUUGAAGUCAUUGCUAUAGAAACACAGCAGGAUCUCUCAAGACUAAUUUCUC